CACACACUCGGCCACGUCUAAGGUCUAACGGGUGAGGCAAGGCAGCAGAUUAAGAUAACGAGAAGAAAAGCAGCGGAAAUUGUUUAGACAAACCCUCCCUCCGCGCUUUUCAUUUCUCUAUCAAAACCCCACCCACCCCUAGAUUUCAGACCACUCUCUCACCUUCCCCUAAUUUUAUUUUAUUUAUUUUCAAUCUCGUAUCGGUUUCGAAUUGGCCGACUCAAUUAUGGCCACCGGAGAUCUGGAUCUCAUGCAUCCCCCUCCCCCUCCCCCUCCCGCCGACUCCGGCGCCGACGCCGGAAAAGAAGCGUGUUCGAUUUGCCUGGACGUUGUCUCCGAUAACGCCGAUCGAUCCUUCGCCAAGCUUCAUUGCGGCCAUCUCUUUCAUCUCGAUUGCAUUGGGUCGGCAUUUAAUGUUAAGGGAGCUAUGCAAUGUCCGAACUGUCGGAAAACUGAAAAAGGUCAAUGGCUUUAUUCAAAUGGUUCCCGUCCAUAUACCGAAAUUAAUAUGGAGGACUGGGUUCCUGACGAGGAUCUUUAUGAUCACAGCCAUUCAGAAAUGUCGUUUGGAGUUCACUGGUGUCCCUUUAGUGGAUUAACGCGACAUCCAUCAUCCUUUGAUGAAAGUGAUCUCUCGCCAAUUCCAUAUCAUGACCUUCUUGGACAACAUGCUGUAUUUGCUGAACAUGCAGCUGUAUCUUCUGGUUCUCAUCAUUGCCCAUAUGUUGCCUACUUUGGACCUUUUCCCUCAUCUUCAAGUUUCAGGGGAAGUGUUUCUGAUGGCUCUACUUUCAGCAGUCACUGGAACAGCCGAUCAGCUGCAAGUGAGAUGCCCACCUCUUAUGCUUUUCCCUCUGUGGAUGUCCACUAUCACAGUUGGGAACAGCAGUCAUCUCUCUUCCCUACAGCAAGCAGCCGCGUUCCUGGUCCUGAUCAGGCCUCAUUGCCAUCAAUGACCCAAAGGGCAGCGAGGAACAAUUUUGAUAAUCCAAGACCAGGAUCUUUUGUCCAUCCGUUUGCUGUUGGCCAUGGCCAUGGUUCUAAUGCUAGGUCUGGGAGCUCGAUUGCUGCCUCAAUGUUUCCUCCAUACCCUGGCAGUGUUGCUCGUGCCAGGGAGCGGGCUCAAGCUCUUGAGGCUUAUUUCCAGCAUCCUCCUGGCAAUUCACAAGGCUUACAUACACCGGUCAUGCCCACCCUGCGAAGGUCCAAUGGUCACAGGAACAUGGCUCAAGGUGAUACACUUGCCUUGUCAAUUGAGCACGGCAAUGGCUUUUACUUCUUAUCAUCAAGCCCAACAGCAGGAAGAAAUUUUGCAGAAGCAGAUAACUCGAUGUCAAAUCAUUUCUAUGCCUGGGAAAGAGAACAGUUUCCUUCCUUUCCAUCAAGUGAAUCUGAUAGAGAUCCUAUAUGGGGGCUCGUCCAUCAUCAGCUUCCAGGUGCCCCUGACACCGGCAUCAGGCCUGCCAGCUUUCGUCAGAGGCAUGGAUCUGAAAGAAUGACAUCUCAGCACCGGUCAUAGACUUGUCCUGCUCUUGUCGCUUCUGUUGAUUGAAAGUAUCAUUGCUAUGACUUUAAACUUAACAAUUUGAAUGUCCCGAGUAAUGGUAUGUUGUGAUGUUUGCUGUCUGUUAGGCAGAAACUGUGACUGUUUGUGGCCCCUAGAAACGAUCUAUCUUGGCUGCCACCCGUGGUAGUGGAAAUUGGCUAUUGCUGGUUUCUGCUUUUAGAAAUAAGGUGAUUUGGUGAAGGGUAAACAAAAGAACUUCAUCCUUUGGCCUUUGAUUCACAUUCACUCUGUAUAUAUAUUAUUUAAAGGACCUGAAGUUUUAGACUCUA